AUGUCUUGGUCGGCGAGCUCUACGAGCCCCUCCACCAUGCGGAGCGCUGCCUCCAAUUCAACCGUCUCCAUGGAGUCCUCCAGCCCUCUACAGACACCCUCCUCCGCUACGCGUUCCCCGAGCUCAGACCAACCGCCCGGCACUCGAGACGAGAGACAGCUCUCGAUAUCCUCCUCAGAACAGAAUAAGGAUAAGGAUAAGGAACGCAUGACCGUGCCGUCGGCAUGCGUACAAUGCCGUUCCAAACAUCUGAAGUGUGAUGGCCUGAGUCCCUGCACCCGCUGCUCUUCCAACGGCCUGGAAUGCGUUUUCGUGAGGAGCCGACGCGGCUUCAAGGGGCCGCGAAAGAACGGAGCCCAGAAAGCUGCUGGCUCUGCGGCGACAUGUCCACUUGUUAAUCCAAACGCCCCAAGAGGCCCGCACGUUCCAAGUGGUCUAGCUACACCUCCAGACCAACGUCUGCAGACCCUCCCUCGCCCUAUCGAUCUCCCGAUCUUCGAGGUCAAUCAAGACCUGGCGUCUAAGCCCCUUCCGUCCGGAUUGGACCUGAGAGAGAGAUGUAUCGAGGCUUUCUUCUACCACUUCCAUCCCGCACAUCCCUUUGUCCUUCCUCGGGCCCAAUUCAUGGCCUUGAGGAAGGAGAAGCCACUUGACCAUCUCCUGGCAGCAAUGCGAUAUGUCGGUUCGUUUUAUACUUCAGGCGCACCAACUACGGCCCUUGGCCUUGAGGCAGAACGUUCUAUAUACCAAGCGGACUGUCCCCGGGACGGCUAUAGGGUCCAGGCAAUGUUGAUCCUUGCAAUUGGUCUUGAUGGUUACACUUACCAAGAAAAGGCUUUGCAGAUCCUAGUAGAUGCUCAGGAUCUUGCCUUGGAACUCGGGAUGAACAAGCGUGAAUUCGCGCUUUUGAGCAACAGUGGCUCGGACGUUCUUGAGGAGAGCUGGCGCCGAACAUGGUGGGAGUUAUAUAUAGUCGAUGGAAUGAUUGCGGGGGUUCACCAGAAAAGCUCGUUUCGGCUUAAAGACAUGCCGGCCGACGUUCUCCUACCUUGCGAGGAGAGGGAAUAUGCAUCCGGGUUUAUCCCGCAAGGACACUCAUUGGAGGACUUCGAUGACGAGUCCUUCGAUGGCCGGGAUUUCAGCUAUUCCAGUUUUACUUACAGAAUAGCCGCACUUCGAAAUCUCGGCAGAGUUCUUGCAUCCCGGCAGGUGACACUGCCUGACGCAGCUGCUGUUCUGAGAAUUGAUGCUUACCUUGUAAACUGGAGGCUACAUCUGCCCGUCACCAAGAAGGAAUGCAUCAGUAGCGACGGCCAGCUCGACGAGAUGUUAUUCCAGGCACACAUGAUUACAGAAGCGACCACCGUUCUCCUCCACCGGGAACAUUCAGAGUUGGACUCUAGUAUAGCCAAGGAUGUCACUUCUUGUGCUCCGCAUAAGCAAAUCGUACCAGGCGAAACGUACAAUAUCCACGCUGCCAAAACCGUCCAGGCAGCCCAAGAUAUCUCCAAACUCAUCACCAUCCCGGUUCCCCUAGUUCGGCACACCCAUUUCUUUACUUGCGUUGUUACACUCGGCUCCAUUGUGCAUCUUUCCUGCUGGUCUGCCCUCAUGUCAUUCAUACAGGACGAUGAUCUCAAGCAACAAUUGCGUCUCAACAUAGGGGCAUUGAAAACUUUGUGGCAAGUCUGGCCUUCUGCUGGGAAGGCAUUUGGCCAAGUUAAGGGCGUUGCACAAGAGAUCUUCGCUGCGAAGAAACACGCUGCUGAGGUAGGGUACUGGUCCAAUAUUUCGUCUCAAGAUGAGGUGAUGAGGAGCAUGGUUGAAGAUCAAAAUAUUAUGGAUGAAUUGCAAUUGCUAUCAUAG